UCGAAUGUCAGGAAUUCUUCGAUCACGUGAAGAAACUCUGGGAUGAUGAAGGCGUGAAGGCGUGCUUUGAGAGGUCCAACGAGUACCAGCUGAUUGACUGCGCCCAAUACUUCCUGGAGAGAAUCGACAGCGUCAGUUUGGUGGACUACACACCCACAGACCAGGACCUUCUCAGGUGCAGAGUCCUGACAUCAGGGAUUUUCGAGACCCGAUUCCAAGUGGACAAAGUAAACUUUCACAUGUUUGACGUCGGUGGCCAGAGGGACGAGAGAAGAAAAUGGAUCCAGUGCUUUAACGACGUCACGGCUAUCAUUUAUGUCGCGGCCUGCAGCAGCUACAACAUGGUGAUCCGGGAAGACAACAACACCAACAGGCUCCGAGAGUCCCUGGACCUCUUCGAAAGCAUCUGGAACAACAGGUGGUUGCGGACCAUUUCUAUCAUCUUGUUCUUGAACAAACAGGAUAUGCUGGCAGAAAAAGUCUUGGCAGGGAAAUCAAAAAUUGAAGAUUAUUUCCCAGAGUAUGCAAAUUAUACUGUUCCUGAAGAUGCAACACCAGAUGCAGGAGAAGAUCCCAAAGUGACACGGGCUAAGUUCUUUAUCCGAGACCUGUUUUUGAGGAUCAGCACUGCGACAGGGGACGGCAAGCAUUACUGCUAUCCACACUUCACCUGUGCUGUGGACACCGAGAAUAUUCGCAGGGUGUUCAACGACUGCCGUGACAUCAUCCAGAGGAUGCACCUCAAACAGUACGAACUCUUGUGAGGCCGCCCGGGGGGGGGGGCGCCUUCUCACACCUUCUCUCCGCCUGCCCCUCCUCCCUUGGCCACCCUGCCAGGUGGAGCGUUUAUUCCAGGACUGUCAACCCCAAGCCAUGGUCGAAAGUGGGGAGUUCCCAGUCUCAUCUGGCUGCCACCUGUCCUGUUCUGUGUUGGCUCGUGUGUGACCACCAAGCCUCUGGCUACCUCUGUCCCCCUCAGGUUUGGUUUGUAGUUUUUGUCUUCACUGAGCACACCACCUUCCCUGGUGCCCGCACCUGCACCCAUUUGUGUCACUGCGGACCACCACUCUCAGGCGGGUGAUGCUGCAGUGAAAUCUUUCCGGGGGAGGGCCCCUCUUCAUCAUCCACUCAGUGCUCCAUGGACUCAGCAGGAGCUUGAUAAAUGGGGGAGGAAUGGCACUUUUUUCUGAAUUAUCAAGCACAAUUAUAGAGGCAGGGGUACGAUGCGGUCAGGCGGACACGUGGCCGCCCCUUCCGAGCCUCGUUGGCCCAAGAGCUAGGACGGACCUCAAGUCAUAGAGUGGAGAGAAACCCUUUUCUCAGUCAUAUUUGAGUCGCUGCCAAGCUCAGGCAUUACAUUAGACCUACUUUGAGCCUUUUACAUUUAGGCGGAAAACCUAUCACACGCACAGCUGCAGUGCGUCCUGUCUCAAAAUGAUUCUCGACUAUUGACUAUGCUUGGACAAGAGUCUCUUUCCGUAUCUUGUUGUUGUUGUUAUUUUAUGGCUGGUUUAUUAUAACUGUACAAACCACCAAAUGUAACAUUAUUUUAUAUAACUACUUAAAAAAUCCUUGUAGGUCUUCGUGCCUUGAUUAUGGCUCUAUCUGUAAAAGAAACGUGUUUUUAUCUUGUUGAACAGCUAAAUGUCAACAUUACCUGUUGCUUGCUCUAAAAAAGAGAAUGGUAUCUGUAGAAUUUAGGGUAUUUUAUCAGGUUAGUGCUUUUAAAAAUAUCCUUGAUUAAAUAUAUAUAUACACAUAUAUAAAUCAUACACAUGAAUCAUUCACAUCUUACAAUUUUGUCCCCACAUCACAAGCUUCCUUCAGAAACCAAGGAUUUUUUUCCUCCAGACAAUAUGUCUUUUGAUUAUUUUGCAAUUUAAAGACUUUUACAAGCUCUCGUGAGUAGAACGAGGCCAAGCAUUCCCUUGGUCAAAGCUUGUGAACCACUCACUUGACCACAGUUUCUGUUGUAAACAAACAGCAAGGAGGAGAGG